GCUUCACUUUCUCUCACUUCGAACACGAGACUGGGAACCUGAAGUUUCUAGGGUUUUCGUCUUUUUCUUGGCGGUGGUGGUGUUUUCGGUGUUGGGUUUUUUUUUUUUGUUUUUCCGGGUUUGAGGCUUCGAUUUCAUGUGUACACCCCCACCGUAAGAGGCGGGGGAAUCCCACCGUCAAAUGUCUCGAUUUCAAUCCUCCACCGUUGAUUCCUCUGCUGCUCACCAGCGUCAGGUUGCGGCCGCAGUAGCCGCAGCAGAGCACCGUCUUCCUUCUAAGCGGAAGUUGGACGAUUACGCUUCUUUUUUCGAUGACGAAGAAGAAUAUGACGGCGAAAACCCUUACCUCUCCGAUUUAAUCUCCGUGAAGAUGCGUAAGGACGAGCCUAACGCCGUCAAUUCUUCGUCCGACGGUUCAUCUCCGCUUGUCGAUUCUCGUGCCAGCUAUGUUCUCCGACCUUCGUCAUCAUCAUCUUCGGCGGCUUCGUCGUCGUCCUCUGCGCAGUUUGUGUCUCGUGCCUCGGCACGGCCUGAGUUGAGUCGACUUCAAUUUUUCAUCAGGAUGAUGUCGGAGGGGAACACGACGGUGGUCCACGCGAAUCCCGGGGAUUCUGUCAAGUCUUUGCAUGAGAGAAUUCAAGUGAUGACUGGGAUCCCGGUGAUCGAGCAGCGAUUAAUUUACAGGGGAAAGCAGCUCCAAUGGGAGCAGACGCUGGCCGAGUGCGCAAUUCAAAACGACGCCGGGUUACAGCUCGUGGGCAGGAUGAGGAGCACGGAGCAUCCGCAGGCUUGGCAAGUAAUUGACGACAUGGUUUCUGUCGUCUGGCGCCUCUGCAGGGGCGAAAUGGUACCGUCGAGCGCCAAGCAUAUCAAGAAUCGCAUGACGGAAUUUCUUCAGAUGACGCCGAAGGACGAUACCGAGUCAGCUAUUGGGCAUUUGCAGAUUUUCAUGACCUCCUCGGCCCCGGCGGCUCUAGUUAUGCUGUACGUUUCUCCUCAUGAAGGUAACAAAUAUUGUGCUGAUAUUUCCAUUAAACAUUUCUUGAAUACUGGUAGAAAUGUACUGUCCAAACCUUUACACAAUCAGUGUGCGCCAAUAAUCUUAGAAUUCUGUAAGUUGCUUAGGAGGGUAGCUCACGAGGAGCCCUUGUACCAAUUGUGCCGUAGUACAUUGGGCUCUUUGCUGGAAAAUGUUGGCAUUUCUAGUGGACUCAAGUACGGGGAGGAGGUUAAAGGGUCGAUCAUUAUAAAAGAGAUUUUCCCUUUUGUUAGGGAGCUAGGUCAUAGAUUGGUUAGCGACUUGAAUUCCAGUAUGGAGUCAGCCAUCAGCCUAGGACCUUCCUUGAGUGAUGUUCGUGAUUUCACAGCCUUCUUGCUUCCUCUGCGAUGUGCCAUUUUGGGGCAGGCUGGGUUCGAGGGUCCCAUUUCUUUGCCAUUGAGAAAGAGGGGUUAUGACAGUCCUGUGUUUGGAGAGGAAAUUGAGUGCCUCCAUGUUAUAUUUAUGGACUUGUUGAUAAAAAUGGAUGAGUGCCUAAUUAAGAUGGUGGAAUCUUUGGCUCCCAGAGGAACUCUGGAAAACGAAUACAUCCAUUCUGGAUGGUCUCAAUACCUUGCCAUCCUGAAGGAAUUGAAUGGAAUUUCUAAACUUUAUAAGGGUGCUGAAGAAAAAUUCUGGGAUGUCUUGCGUAGUAGGAAGCCUUCGCUCUGUGCCCUAAUUAUUAAAUAUGCAAAGAGGAUUGAUGAUCAUACGUGGAUUCUUGAGCACAAGGAUGUCACAGAUUUUGAGGCUAGGAGACACUUAACCAUGAUGAUGUUUCCGGAGGUGAAAGAAGAUUACGAGGAACUGCAUGAGAUGCUCAUUGACAGGGCCCAGUUGUUGGCAGAGUCAUUUGAGUAUAUAGCCCGUGCAGAACCUGAUUCCUUGCAUGGUGGCCUCUUCAUGGAAUUCAAGAAUGAGGAAGCUACAGGUCCCGGGGUUUUGCGGGAGUGGUUUUUCUUGGUAUGCCAAGCCAUAUUCAAUCCAGAAAAUGCUCUUUUUGUUGCAUGUCCAGAUGAUCGGAGAAGGUUCUAUCCUAAUCCUGGAUUCAAGGCGAGUGUGCUAUGAACGUGCCUAUAUUGUGCUGUUUGAUAAAGUCUACUUGAGGAGGAAGAAGGAUUAAAGGAAGUUUAUAGGGUAGGUAGUUUGUAGUGUGAAUUUGUCUUGAGUAACUGCCAUAUUGGUUUGGGCAGUUCCUGAUGGUUACUAUCCUAGUCUUAUGAGCCCUGGUAUUGUGCCAUUUGACAAAGUCUACAAGAGGAGGAAGAAGAAGAACUAAAGGCUGGACUACUAACAGCUAAGCGUUUAAUAUUUUGUACAUCUAUUUUUUAAAAAACAAUUUAUGUUAUUAUGUCUAUGUAUCGUUUUAGUGUCAGUUAGAGCAGGAAAUCUAGUUAGGUAGUUUUUAACGUUUGAAUUUGUCUUAGUUGUUGUCUUGAUGUAUGGGUAGUUCCUGAUUUCUUUCGAGAUAAAAAAGAUUAUAUUCAAAGUACCAAGGGCUGCUGCCCCUGUGCUAAAGGAUAGUUUACAAAUUAAUCAAAAUGUCAACAAAGU